CUUGGUAGUAUAGUGAGGAACUAGAAUAAAGCGUUAAACGUCAGCGUGCUUGUUUAGGAUAACACACCGGGCGGGUUUGGCUUGAAAGUGCGCGUGCGCGUGCGCCUUCGCCCGUGAAGAUGUGCGCGAGAGACGGCGACCUCCUCGCGCUUGCGCCCGUUCUAUUUGUGUUCGCCUUCGUCACUCGGUCCGCCUUCAGUCAGUCGCAAAGCUCAGCCGGCCGCCCGGCGCGUCUCCAUCGCUGUAUCGAAAUACGAGACCGCCGCGUAGGGCCACGGGCGGCCAAUGCACAAGACAUGGCUGCCCAGCCGCCUCAACGACCACCCCCUAAAAACUUGCUCUUCUGUGGCCCUCCACCAAUUCUACCACAUGUGGUUUUAUUACCUAAUGACGAUGUUCGUGACGUUAGCAACCUCGACAUUGCUACUGACACCUCCGUCGCUCCAACAAAUGAUGCAGAUGCUUUACAUGAAAUAAACAACAUCGGUGUGCCUACUUAUGAAACUGUGUUUGACAAUCAAGUAAAUGAUGUGCUUGAGCCAAAAUGCAGUGCCAAUGACUUUGCAUUCGAUAACUAUUAUUUGCGUAGAACUCGCAGUUUUGAUAUAUCAGAUAUCUGUAAACAAAAUGAAAAUCACAAUAAUGCUUACAGACAUGGACGAUCUGAACCAGAUUUAUCUAAGUAUGGACUAUUUCUAGAAGCUGAAGUAACAAUGGAAUGUGGACCUCUACAUCCUGCUCCGCUUGUGCUCAAUAAUCCAUUUUAUGACGGUUCUUUCGCUUUAGAUCCAACACAUAUAAAUCAACACACUGUGGUUUUACCUGAAAAUUAUUUAGCGUUUGAAGAUUCAUUCGUACCAGCUUGGGAUUAUAAGCCAGAAUUACUUGUAGGUAGUGAUUACAAUACUGAACUGUACUAUGAUGGAGUGCCCUUAUUACCUCCUCAUGAUCCAUGGUCAAAUUAUGGAACUGAACCAUCCGAUUUUGAGUAUUUUGUGCCACACUUUAAUACUUCUAUGGGUGACCAAGAUGGUAUUAAUUAUAUACCUUUGACUGAUUUAGAGUAUGCCAUACCUCAAUAUAUGAAUUUACCGAUGAUAGAACAAGCUAAAAUCGAAACAUUCGCAGAUAACAACUGUCAACCUGAAGAAACUGCCACGCUUGUUACUGAUGUUACAAAUGCGAAAGAAGAAAAUGAUAAUACUAGUAAACAUCCAGAAGUAUGUUUAACAUCAGCGGUCGAAGUAGGUACAAGUAAUUUAGUUAGUGACGAUGAAAAAAAUAGUGUAAUUGACUUUUCUGCUAAUAGAGAAUUAUCUAAUCAAAGUGAUGAAUCAUUAAAUGCGGAUAUAUCUAACGAUAUUACAUCAAGUUUAGCAUUUGUGCCCAGCAGUAAAAGUUCACCUAAGAGACCUCAUAUAGGUGCCGAUGACACUAGUGAUGAUACUUCACCUUGUUCUACAGACUAUCAUGAAGCUUCUGCCUUAGAUUUAGUGCAAAGCCUAGAUGAAUUUUCUUGUUGUGACAGCACUGACUUUUCUCAAAGUAGAGAUGACAUUUCACCUGUAUUGGCAGAUCCCCCAGAAAGUGAUAAAGCACGAUGCGAAAUAGUGAAAAAUAAAACAAAAUUACAGUAUAACGACGGGAUUUCAAGCACUUCUUUAGCGAAAGUACCUUUAAGUCAAUUACCAUCCAUUCCACUUCAAGAUCCACUACCUAUUAAACUACCUCCAAUACCUAAUAGUUUGCCACAUAAUGUAAAUUUAAACAACAAACCGGAGUCACAACCACCGAAAAUAAUUACAAAUAUAGAAAAUAAUUCUACCGAAUAUAAAACUAAAACUCCACCAUCACAAAUAAGUGAAAAUAAUGAAAAUUAUCAAAGUGUUGUGAGUAAUGACACUGAACAUAAAAUAGCAUUAGCGCAUCGUCCUGAACCUCCUGAAGUACCGCCAUCCUGGUUGCCUCCGAGAUCAACGAGUAACCAUUUAUCAACGACGCCACAAAUAUUUAUUCAAAAUACAGAAGAUCAUCCAAAAGAGACGGAAAAGAGUACAAAAUUCUGCCAGGCCCCACCGAUUCCACCGCCAAGAACAAAUCAGCCUACAGCUACAGAACCUCAGCCAUCUUGUUCUUUUGUACCACCACGACCUCCUCCUGCGCAACUCAAACCUGAAAAGCAACCGAAAGAAGUUGAGAGCUCCCGAGCACGCUCCUCCGUCAAGGACGACAAGGACGGACACCUGGUGUACUGGCCCGGAUAUGUCAUGGGAGCGAGAUACAAAAUCAUCGACACGCUCGGUGAGGGCACCUUCGGCAAGGUGGUCGAGGUGAAGGAUUUAGAAAUGGAACACAGAAUGGCUCUGAAGAUAAUCAAGAACGUUGAGAAGUACAGAGAGGCUGCAAAAUUAGAGAUAAACGUUUUAGAAAAAUUAGCAGAAGUAGACCCAGAUUGUAAAAAUUUAUGUGUUAAGAUGCUGGACUGGUUCGAAUACCACGGCCACAUGUGCAUCGCGUUUGAGAUGCUCGGACAAAGUGUAUUCGACUUCCUGAAAGAUAAUAACUACCAGCCGUAUCCCCUGGAGCAGGUGCGGCACAUCUCGUACCAGCUGAUCUACAGCGUACUAUUCCUACACGAGAAUAAGCUCACACACACAGAUCUCAAGCCGGAGAACAUUUUGUUCGUAGAUAGCGACUAUGAAGCAGUCAGUGUAUACAGUAGUUCUAAGAAGACCCAUGACCUACUACGGGUGAAGCGCAGCGACGUGCGACUGAUAGACUUCGGCAGCGCCACCUUCGACCACGAACACCACAGCACCAUCGUCUCCACGCGCCACUAUAGAGCGCCAGAGGUCAUAUUGGAGCUGGGCUGGUCACAACCGUGCGACGUGUGGUCCAUCGGUUGCAUCAUGUUUGAAUUACAUCUAGGCAUCACACUGUUCCAAACGCAUGACAAUAGAGAACACCUCGCCAUGAUGGAGAGGAUAUUAGGACCUAUACCUUACAGAAUGGCACGCAAAACACGGACGAAAUACUUUUACCAUGGCAAAUUAGACUGGGAUGAGAAAUCAUCGGCCGGCAGAUACGUCAGAGAAAACUGCAAACCGCUACUGAGGUACCUACAGAAUAACAGUGAAGAGCACCGGCAACUCUUCGACCUGAUUGCGAGGAUGUUGGAGUACGAACCCUCGCAGCGAAUCACGUUAAGGGACGCGCUUAAACAUCCCUUCUUCAGCAAACUACCCACACACCAGAGGCUCGGGCACCAGUUUUCAAGGCCAUCAUUCCUUAGGUCAGGCCUUUUAUUACACUGUUAGACGCUUUUAUUAAAGCUUUUUUUUUUUAUCCAAACUCAUAUUGCGACAUGAUAUUAUUUUUCUUUUAAUAUGUGUUGUUUAUGUGUUAGUGGUUGAUUGGUUUCGCUUAUAUACGAAGUGUUUAAAUGUUUAUAACAAUAUUUAUGUACGUUUUUGACUUGUAUUAUCUGUAAAUACUAUGAAUUUUAUUGACGUCCAAUUUCGUCCAAACAACGUUGUUAUCGAUGUUAAUAUAUUAUAUGUAACAAAAUAUUAAUUGGUCUCAUUUGGUAUUUACUAUUUACAACGAUUAUCACGUUAUUAUGGCUGUCACCGUAACACAGAAUGUCACUUCGUGUAAAACUAUCGUAUCGUGAUCGAAUAAAAUUUUAGUAAUAGGUACGGUUCGAGAAUCCUAGUGAUUGUUUAUAUAUAUCUCUCGAUAGAAAAAACAAAUCAGUCUUAUACAAUGAUUUUUUUAAAAUUGUUAAUAAUAAAUAUGUUGAAUACCGUUUUAAUAAAAAAUAUGUACUUAAAUAUUUGGGAGAAUAGAACUCAUAGAACAUAUUAUUAUUAAGUAUAUGAUGCAUUGAUACCAUAGCAUAAUAAAAAUAUUAUAAUAAUUUAGAAUUCGUUGUAAUAACGUUAUAAAUCUGAUCUUUUUAUCGUGUGCGUCUGUGUGCAUACUAACUACAUACAGCCACUAACUCACACUCAUAUGUUUCCUGCUCAAUGAUGUAGGAAUUAUAUGGAAAAAUAAUACUUCUAAUUUAUAAUAUAUAAUGUUGCAUCAUAAAUAAAACCGUAUUUAUGUGUAAAUUUUAUAAAGAAAUAUUAACUCCCGCACAAUUUACUAUUAACCUAACAAUUGGAAUAAACGGAUUAGUUCAAAGUAGUAUUAUUAUUAAUUAAUUAAAAGUCAGAACCUAUAAAAUUUAUUAAUUGAAAUUCAUCCUAAUAUUAAAUACCAACUAAUAAAAUUAAUAGUAAUUUAGUAUAAAUGUUAAAAAAGUUAUAUUAUAAGAUUAUAUUAUAUAUCAAUAUAUAGUUUAAUAAAAGUGUUGACCUUUGAAAAUGUUUAAAUUAUUCUGUUUUAAAUAAUAAAACCGGAAUUAAGUUCGGAAUUAUCGAUUAGAACGAGCCGUAUUCAUUCGACGCCCAUAAAAGAUUGAAAUCGCCGUAAUUUUUUUUUUUUAUUGUAUAAAUAUACGUAGUUGUGUUACUUGUAUUAUUUGAUAUUGCGUUCAAAUAAAGUGACGCAAUCCUUGUAUAGAAAUGCAUUUUUGUAAUAGGGAAAUCAAAAAGGAAACACUGUUUUGGCAGUCUUGCACAAUAUAAUGUCAUAAAUAUAUUCAAUUUUUUAAUAGUAUGCGAAUGCAAGUUAUACGUCGUACGUACGUCACUUUAUAUGAAUGUGAUCUGGAUAUGAGUAAUUUAUAUACUUGUGACUAGUUGUAGCCGAUCAUCCGCUGUAAAACCUUGUUCAGAAAGGGUUAUGCCUGGUAGUUAAUCCACGUUCUGUUUCCGUCCCUUUAUUCCGGACAAUGUCUGCUGUGGCUACAUAACUGGAAAGCCUAGUGAGCUGAAUGAGUUCGUUGAAAUAUUAUAUCGACUGAUGUUAGGGAGUCACAGUCACUCUAGUAUAAUCUUGUAUGGUAUUAAUUUUCUUACUUGUUAUUUUUUAUAGUGUUGUAACGAACUGCUUAUUAAGUUUAUUUUUACCAACUUAUAAAAAUGACUUUAUUUUUUACGCAACAUCUUCGGAUAUUGUAAACCGAUUAUGGUCAUGGUGAUCUCAUACUUGUUUUGAUAUAUGAAGUUUAUUUUUAUCAAAAAUAAUUGUUUUGUUCAUCAUGAUUAUUUACACAAAUAACAUUAACCUAUUUUGUGUAUUAAAUGUAAAUAGAUGUAUCUAUAUAUUUACUUUAAGAUAAGAAUAUAAAGACAAGAUGAAUUAUAAACUACUGUACUUGAUAGAUCGUUACGUUAUCGUUGUUAUCACAAUAUCAAAUAGGUCUAUUAAAUGAACUUGAUAAUAAUUAAACAAGGUUCCUUCGUGGGCCGGCGAGUGUUGCGGGCGGCAAAUGUAGUGGCAUUUAUGUGAUAUUAGAACAGUCAGCUUCAUGAAGGUCAAUUU